GAGAAAUAAUGAAGACUUUACGCUUCAUCAGUGCCCAGGCCUUGGUAUCAGAUGCCCAGGUCGCUCAGAGAAGCAUCGUUUAUGUAGCACAAAACCUGUACCCGCUGCUGUUUAAAGCUAGCUAUUUACAGGAACAGGCUACGGUAGUCCACGACUUGGUGGAAAACUGGCCAUUGGCAGAAUUCAAUAUCUCAAAACUCUUGGGGAAGACGGCAGACUGCGAGAAGGAUCUCUGCAACAGGACAUGUCAAGUUUGUCUGCAAGCAUGUUUAACAGGGCUGAAAGAUUACGUUCUAAAUAGUUCGAGUACAUAUUCAAAGAGACUCAAAGUGGUCGACCUAACGGGACUCAAUGAUAUUGAAUUUCAGCCUUGUGAUUGUGGAAAGGCCCUGGGGAGGUGGGCGAGAACUGAAUUGAUGGCAAGGACCUGUUUUGACUUGCUUGUGGAGAUACAAGCCCGUAAACUGGAAGAUUUAGUGUCUGACAUCUCAAUUGAGGUCUUAAUGAGCUUGUUUGUGACACAGCGGAGCUAUGAAGUAGUGGUAGAGGCCUUGUUGUUGAGGGGCCAGUGCCCACUGAAGAUCAGAUGCAUUGAAUUCAGAGCUGACAGCCUGGCCUUGAGGAAAUUAUUUUAUAUCAUCAAGCUGGCUAAGUCUGAGACUCUGCAGAAGUUAGAAUUGGUCCACAACAUUCGCAUGGAAAUGGAACAUUUUGACUUCCUCUUGAGCCAAGUGCCACUCCCAUUGCUCAGGUCGCUGACACUCCCAGCAAGAACCAUUGACGUACGUAGAAUGACUCAAGGAGAUGAAUCUCUUCUUGUGAAAAUUGGACAGAGGUUAAGUGAACUGAACUUUCUUACAGAACUGAAUUUGGCUUUUUCCACUUUAACUGGUCGAUUACGUAAAAUACUCAGUCCUUUGAAAACUCCUCUGCACUCCUUAAAUGUAUCCAGUUGCUGCCUGAAUCAUGCUGAUAUGGCCUAUUUGGCUAACAGCCUGCACGCUGAAUACCUGGAAGUGCUGGACCUGAGUGGGCACAGCGUCGCUGACCUAUUUCCGUCAACCUUCUUCAAGCUACUUGGUCGUGCAUCUCGCACUCUGAGGAUAUUGACUCUGGAGGAAUGCAACAUCAGCGAUGAGCAUGUCAACUUGCUCCUGUUAGCCUUGGAGCCCUGCAAAAACUUGACAGGUUUCAGCUUCCUGGGGAAUCCACUCACUUCGAGAUCCCUUUGUCGCCUCUUUGAACUGUUCACUGAAAUGCCCUUGCUUUGUAAAGUUGAAUUUCCGGUUCCAAAGGACUGCUACCCACCAACUUUCACUUACCCACUCACUGACGAGAAUCUGGUGAAGUAUGAUAGGGAACGGUUUGCGGAGAUAAACCAAGAAUUAAUGGUGAUAUUGUCCCGGGCCAAUCGACAUGAUAUCGUUGCGACAUCUCCACUUUUUGGCAGUUUUGAUUCCAAUAUUCAAGAGACGUGCAAUGAACUUAGUGUUGUAUUGCUUCAGUCAUUCACUGAUGCUAUUUCCAACCUUUUGACAGCUUUGAAACAAGUGGACUAA